AUUCGUUAUUAUCUUUUAAUCCACUAUUUUGUUAGCAAGCACAUCAAAUUUCCUGCCAAUUCAAUAUUCAUCGUACAUUCUACAUCUUAAACUCUUCAAAAACUUGGGAUUCAGCCUCAACAGACAACAUCAAACAUGAAUACUGUUGGUGCUUUGAAAAGACGUCCUUUUGCGACUCUCACUGUAGACGAGAAGCGAGCAGUUGUCAAGCUUGGCCCUCAUAAACCUGUCGUAACGAUACAGUAUCAAACCAAAGCAGGAAACGUUCAGAAUCAGAAACACAAUCCUACCGUCAAUCCAAUGGACAACUUCUUAUCGGCUCGUGAAUGGCUUACCGUCGACGUAGAAGAUAAAAGACUUUACUGCUUUCCCUGUCUCCUUUUUGCAAAAAAGAGAGAUACGUGUUGGGUGGAAACAGGAUUUCAUAGAAUAAGCUAUAUUGGCAGUAGUAUGGAGAAGCAUGAUCAGGCUCGUGAACACCGUAGCGCCGUGAUAGAUCUGAAGCUCUUCCUGAGAAGAACGAACCAUUUUGAGGUUGGGAGUCUCAUUUCCAUGAACAGUGAUGAGAUAGAGCGCCACAACAAUUUAGUCUGCAGAAACAGGGAGAUUGUAAAACGACUAAUAAAUGCUGUUAUCUAUUUGGCAAAACAAGAAAUGGCGUUCCGUGGACAUGAUGAAAGUGAAACCUCAGUGAACCGAGGACCCUUCAAAGAGCUGCUGAGCAUGGUAGCUAAGACGGAUUCCCUGCUUUUUGACCACCUAGAUUCAAGCACAGUGUUCAAAGGUGACAGUAAGACGAUCCAGAACGAAAUUAUUGCUUUGAUCGCAACGAUGACCAGAGAGCUCAUCAAAGAAGAAGUCAAGUCUGCUGAUUUCUUCGCUGUUAUUGCUGACGAGACCACUGAUGUUAGCACUACAAACCAGCUAACAACGAUUCUAAGAUAUGUGCACAACGGACAGCUGAAAGAACGAUUUCUGGGAUUCGAUAACGUAUCUGAAGUUUCAGGAGCUGAGGGUCUCGCUGGGUUCAUACUAAAUAUUUUAAAAGAAUUUGACCCCGAAUCCAAGCUGGUAGCACAGACAUAUGAUGGAGCUAGUACAAUGUCUGGCCGUACAUCAGGUGUUCAGGCAAGGAUACGUGAAGUGAUCAAGAGAGCCAUCUUUAUUCAUUGUAUGGCCCACAAACUCAACUUGGCCCUACAAGAUGCUACGAAGGCGAUAUCCAAAUGUGUUAUAUUCUUUGCAACGUUAUCAGGAAUAAACGCAUUCUUCGGUGUCAGCUACAAGAGAACUGCACAGUUCCAUAAGUCAUGUCAUCUGCAUCAGACAACCGAACUAGCGGGAGGGAAGAGAAAGCCGCAAGCUGCGAGUUCUGCAACGCGAUGGGCUUACAAAUCGCGAACAAAAGUCGGCCUCGAUCUUGGAUGGAGUUCUUCGACCGUCGAGGAAGCUGUUACUCAACUCAAACAUCUCGAGGAUAACAAAUUUGCUGACAUCUAUGACUGUAAGGUAGACGCUAACCCUCCAGAAACACAACUUAAGUUCUGCAAACUGCUCAAUAGCGAGAGUUUCACCAACUUCAGUAAAAAGGACAAAUUUCCGGAUGGUAUCUUGGCUGACUUGGAGAACUCUGUGUACGGCUCCUUGUUCAACACAGCUGCCCUUAAAGAUCAGCUAGGCUAUCUCUACAAUAGUAAUAUGCCUGGAAAACUGUCAGAUCUGGCCAAGAUGUUGUAUGAGUGUGACCUGAAGAACGACCUUCCUCAAGUUUACAGAUUGACAAACUUAGCUCUGACUGUACCUCUGACACUCAUGUGGACAACUUGCGUAGUGCGCAACAAACUUACAGUGAGUGCUACUACCAGUGGUACUGUUGUUGAAGACUUUGGAUGA